GGAUUGCUGGGUAGGGCUUCCCUCUGCUUUUUGAACAGGACUGAGAGACUUCCGUACGAGGUACCUCAACCAGUGAAAAACCAAGAACGAGAAAAGCGCUGCAUAAAGCUUAAACCCGACUCUAAUCGAUUUUACUGCUAUCACAAAAGUUGAUUGCUGGUUCCCUCCUGCCCCCAUGAGGAAUUGCUCCCCUGGGAUGUCUGCAGGACCAACCUCUUGCAGGCUUUGUAGCUGUGUUGGGUUGUAACUGAAGCGUGCGAUGAGAGAGAGAGAGAGAGAGAGAGAGAGAGAGUUCUGCUUAGUUAAGGUUCAGAAAUGUUUGUUUUCUUCUAUAGGUUUUGUAAUCAGAGUCUGAGAAGCGCUGCGUUUAACAUUGUAGGUUUACCUCGCACAAAUAAAUAUGAAUAUCUUCUCAUCUGGGGUUCGUUCAUUAGCUACUCAGAGCCGAUUUUUCUGUAAUUUUAGCAUUGAAAGGUCACAGUCCCCACCCUCUUCCGUAUCAGAUAAAUUUGCUUGUCUCCUGGAAAAUUGUUCUGACAUUGUUUCCUUGAGGAAGCUUCACGGUCGCAUCGCCACUGAGGGGCUUGGGAACAGCAUUUUCCUGGGCUCUAAACUGCUUAACGGCUAUGCGAAGUUUGGUUUCUUAGCUGAAUCGAAAUGGGUUGCGGAUAGAAUCAUCAACAACAAUCUCUCUCUCUGGAAUUCAAUCCUUGUUGGGUAUUUCAGAACCGGCCAUUUUGCUGAAGUUCUCAGGCGGUUUAAAAAUUUAAGAGGGCGAAAAAUUGGGCUUGAUAGUUCCGCAUUUACAUUUAGUUUGAAAAGUUGCAGUGAGUUGGAAAGCUUGGAAUUUGGGAAAGGAAUUCAUGUGGACACAUUCAAGUUUGGAUUAAACACAGAUCGGUUUGUGGGCUCGUCACUCAUCGGAUUGUAUUCUAAAUGUGGAGAUAUUGAUGAUGCAUCUAAAGUGUUCGAUGAAAUAAUUGAGAGAGAUAUUUUUGUUUAUACUUCAAUGAUUACUGGUUAUGCUCAGGUUGGUGAUCAUCGUGCUUAUGAGGCAUUCGAAGUUGCUCGCUGUAUGCAGAUGGAUCAAUUAGAUCCAAAUCGGGUGACAUUAGUGAGCUUACUCCAGGCAGCAGCACGGUUAAAAGCACUGGAAGAGGGUCGUUCAGUCCAUGGAUAUGCUGUUAGAAGAGAAAUCGGUUGCUUAGACGAAGUGUUUGAGACGAGUCUAGUUGACAUGUAUAUCAAAUGCGGGGCCCCAAAAUUGGCAGCCCUCAUCUUUGGCAACAUGAGCACUAGAACAACUGCUUCUUGGAAUGCAGUGAUUGCUGGUCAUCUUCAGGUGGGACAGCCACUGGAAGCUUUGAACCAUUUCCGACUCAUGCUGUGGGAAAAUCUGGUGCCUGAUUUGAUCACUUUAGCGAAUGGGAUUUUGAGUUGUGCUAAUUUGAAGCAUUUCCGUGAGGGCAAGAGCAUCCAUAACUACAUAAUCAGAAGUAGAGUUCAGCUUGAUCUUGUUGCCAUAACUGCUCUUGUUGACUUGUAUUCUAAAAGCAACAACUUGAUCCAGGCUAGGGAAUUUUUUGAUAAAAUGCAGGAAAGGGAUGUUAUUUCAUUUAACGUGAUGAUGGCCGGUUACCUCCAGAAUGGUUUUGUUUGUGAAGCCAUGGAGACAUUCUGCGGAAUGGUUAAAGAGGGCAUUAGGCCAAAUGCAGGUACCAUUCUGACCAUGUUUUCUGCAUUGUCUGAUCUGAAAGACUUGAAACAGGGCAGGGCUGCCCAUGGAUAUGUGUUGAGACAUGGGUUUGCAUCAAUUACUGAUGUGGCUAAUCAAGUCAUCUACAUGUAUGCAAAAUGUGGCUGUGUAGACUCUGCUAGAGAGGUCUUCAGAAGCAUAAAAUAUAAGGACUUGGUAUCGUGGACAUCAAUGAUGAUGUGCUGUGUCAGUCAUGGGUACGCUGAUGAAACCGUAUCUUUGUUCCUGCUGAUGCAAGGGGAAAAACGAGACCCUGACUCUGUCACUUUAAUAAGUUUGCUUCAGGCCUUUGCUCAGCUAGGAUAUCUUAGUCUAGCAAAGGAAGUUCAUUGUCACAUUUAUAGGUUUCUUAUGGACAGGGAGAAACCUGUUAUCAAUUCUCUGGUUACUACUUAUGCCAGAUGUGGAAAAUUAAACUCAGUGAGAAAUCUGUUCGAGCAUACAACCAGACGAUGUCUUACAUCAUGGAAUACAAUAAUAGCCGCUUACGGGAUGCAUGGAAACUGUGCAGAAGCACUGAACUUAUUUGACCGAAUGAAAAAUGAAAACUUUGCUCCAGACAGGGUGACAUUCACAUCAUUACUCUCUGCUUGUAGUCAUUCAGGCUUGGUAGAAGAGGGGCUGCACAUUUUUAGGUCCAUGAUGGAGAAAUAUUCUAUUGUUCCAUGUGAAGAGCAUUAUGGUUGUAUGGUAGAUUUGUUAAGCCGAGCAGGACGACUCAAAGAGGCAUUUGAUUUUGCCAAGUGCCUGCCAUCACGAGAGAAAGCUUCUGCACUGGUUGCUUUGCUUUCAGCUUGUAGAGUUCACAGAAACAAAGAGAUGGGAAAGAUUAUAGGAAGGCAGCUUCUGGAUUUAGACCCUGAGAACUCUAGUGUCUAUGCUCUGGUUUCAAAUUUAUAUGCAGAUGAUGAAAAAUGGGAUGAAGUGACCAGAAUAAGAGGCAUGGCAAAGGAUAGAGGUUUGAAAAGGACUCCAGGGUAUAGUCUAAUAGAGUUGGAUAAGCAAGUGUGUGAAAUAUGAAUAUCUUCUAACUAGACUCACUGCUAAUUUAAAUUUUAUUCUUUAUUUCUCACACCUAAGGCUGAGCAGCGUUGACAGGACAAUAACUGUAAAAAACCAUGGUUGAUAAGUGGCUAGCAGUCAGAAUUUUUUUCCCCCUGUAAUCAUGCUGUUAAAGAUAACAUAUAGUAGACUGUAUUUAUCAUUCUAAUAAUGAUUUGGAUCAAAUAUUUGCAAUGAUCA